AUGGGAAAGCUUAACGUCACAGUGCUGCGAUACUUAACUAAAGAGGAUUUUCGUGUGCUCACAGCGGUUGAGAUGGGCAUGAAGAAUCACGAGCUUGUACCCGGACAAUUGGCUGCAUCUAUUGCCAAUUUAAAGGCCGGCGGAGUGCAUAAACUGCUUCGGGAGCUUUGCAAGCACAAACUACUUUCGUACGAGCGCGGAAAGAAAUAUGAUGGGUACCGCCUUACGAACACCGGUUACGAUUAUUUAGCUUUGAAAUCCCUAACUUUGCGGGGCUCUGUUUCUUCAUUCGGCAACCAAAUAGGUGUAGGCAAAGAGUCCAAUAUUUAUGUCGUUGCUGACGAGGAAGGCCAACCUAUUUGUUUGAAGUUGCACAGACUCGGUCGGACUUGUUUUCGCAAUAUUAAGUCGAAGCGAGAUUACCAUGGGCGUCGUCAUAAAGCCUCUUGGUUAUAUUUAUCCCGCAUAUCAGCAACGCGCGAAUUCGCCUACAUGAGUGCAUUAUAUGAUCGCGGGUUUCCAGUACCAAAACCAAUCGAUUUCAAUCGACAUUGCGUGUUAAUGGCGCUUGUCAAUGGCUGGCCAAUGACUCAGGUACAGGAAUUGGUCGACGUCGAACAAGUAUAUGAUGAUCUAAUGAACCUAAUAGUUCGUCUUGGCAAUGCUGGUGUCAUUCACGGCGAUUUUAAUGAGUUCAAUUUGCUGCUCGCUGAUGAUGGAAAACCAGUUUUAAUAGAUUUUCCCCAGAUGAUGUCCACCUCACAUGAAAACGCUGAAUUUUUUUUCAAUCGUGAUGUUAAUUGUGUACGUGAAAUGUUUCGCAGAAAGUUUGGCUAUGAAAGUGAAGAUUUUCCUAAAUUUUCGGACCUGAAACGCGAAGAUGAUUUAGAUGCUGAAGUACAUUGUACCGGCUACGGUGUCACCAAAGAAAUGGAAAGAGAUAUUUUGCAGGAGUAUGGUAUGAUCGACGAGGAAGGGGAUAGUGAUAAUAGUGAACACGAGCUUAAGGAAUGCCCCACGGAGAAUUAUAGAAAUGAUGAACUCAAAGCGUAUCGUCGACAACUUGAAAACGAAGUAAAUUUUAGCGAAACGAAAAGUACAAAAAAACCCGACGAUUCCAUUCGUCGUUACAUUGAAUCAUGUUCUCAAUAUUUGGCAAACAUAAGCCUAGCUGAAGAAGCCGCACCGGAAAAUGAAAUGCAACAAAAAAGUAUCGUUAGUCCUUCCGAAAGUGAAAUCAACGCCGUUCAGCCAAAUAACAUUUCAAAUGAAGUGGAUCGUGGCAACAAAUCGGACUCGGAAUUAGACGCCAGCGACGAUGAUCGCUAUGAUGAUGCUGUAUCUAUGAGCUCAAAUGAUUUGGAAACGGACAAUUUACCAGAGUUAGAUAAAAUUGACCCAAAUUCACGCAUGUAUCGUCUAAAGAUGGUAGAGAAGCUCUUGAACGACACACGUAGCCAACGUUCAUAUUCAACUACUGCGAGUACAAUAGCGCCAUCCGUGGUAACUGAUCGCAUAAGAAAAAACCUAGGUGCAAAAGAAAGACGGGAAAUGCGCAAGCAUUGUGUGGCUAAAGGCGAAGCAAGUGCUGUACAUAGACAUCGCAAAGAAAAUAAGGACGUAGUUAAGGAAUACGCUGGUUGGGACUUUUAAACUGUCAUCUAAUUUAUCUGUCAAUAAAACAUAAAAAAGAA